AUGGGCUGUUCUUGGACCUGUUACUCAAUCGCCUCACUCAAGCCUGCGCAUCAACAUCAUCUUAUCUCUAAUUCACAUCUACACGAGCCUGUAACAAGAUUUUGGGAUGUCGAGGAAGUUCCAUCGACUCACCAGGAAUCUCUCAGCGCUGAAGAAGCUGAGUGCGAGGCUCACUUCAUCUCAACGCACUCUCGCGACAGCUCAGGUCGCUACAUCGUGCGUUUGCCAUUCAAAUCCAAUGCUCCGCCUCUUGGACACUCGAAAGGCAUCGCACAACGCUCGCUAGCUCGACUACUAAAUCGCCUAUCGCAUCAACCUGAACUUCAUCGACUGUACCAAGACUUCCUCAACGAGUACGAGUCUAUGGGUCACAUGGAGAAAGUCCAGCCUCAAAACACUUCCACGGACGGCUAUUACUUGCCUCAUUACGGCGUAAUGCGCAAUAAUAAGAUCCGAGUAGUGUUCAACGGCUCCUCCAAGACCACUUCAGGCUACACGGUCAACGACCUGCUGCACACUGGUCCUAAAACCCAGAAUGACAUCUUCGACGUGCAGCUCUACGUCAGACGUCAUCACUACAUCUUCACAACAGACGUCGAGUAUGAGCUCACGACAGUUACCUACGGUACCAAGCCUGCUCCGUACCUCUCAGACCGCGCACUGCAGCAAUUGCUGCUCGACGAAGGCCAUCUGUUCCCUCUCGCAAAGGAACCCUUCGAACAAGGCAGCUACGUUGAUGAUAUUACUGGCGGUGCUGAUGAUCUCGACUCGCUAAACGCCAUCGCUACUCUAGUUGAAGAGAUGUGCCUACGGGGAUGCUUCCCACUGUCAAAGUGGAAAAGUAAUCACCCGGACUUCUUUAAACUUCACUCAUCUCCAUCAUCCUGCUCCGAGACUCAUGAAUUUAGCGAGUCAUCCUCCAAGAUAGUGGGUCUCGCCUGGCAAUGCGCUCCAGAUCUGCUCAAGUUCACCGAUCAGUCAGUACAAAGACCAGCCAUCUCCAAACACACAAUCCUGUCUGAGACAGCUCAACUGUUUGACCCUCUAGGGUUAAUAUCACCAGUUGUAGUUCGUGCUAAGGUGCUGAUGCAGGAUCUGUGGCAAGAAAAGGUGGGGGACGAUCAGCUCACUCCGCAGAUUAUUCAUCGCUGGACGACAUUCUGCCAGAAACUCUCUCAGCUCUCGCUACUAGCAAUCCCUCGCUGGCUGCAACUUCGCUCUGACGACACGGAAGUCGAAAUCCACGGCUUCUCGACGCAUCACUAG